AUGGACGUUAAACAUGGACGGGGCUCGGAGCGAGGAAAAAGCAAGGUCAAUCCCCUUAUAGGAUCGCUUAUAUUUGACAGAGAUGUGAUGCUGGACGGCCCAGUGACAAUGUCAGGAAAGCGAGUACAGAUGGCCAUCAUGCUGUGUCUAACAGUUUUACCUAUUCUGGUGCUUUGGGCUUACAGCGUCUUCACCCUCACCGACACCAUCCACAAAAAGAUUGAAAACCAAAGGACCAAGAACAAUGUGCAAUUGAGUGUAGAGCUCGGCAAACUGGUACAUCACCUUCAACAAGAACGCGAUAUGAAUAUACUGUAUCUAAGUGCCUUAGGGCCACAGACCAAGAUAUUUCUGUUGACAGAGUAUAUCCAGACCGACCGCGCUAUAUACUCUUUGUCGAAAUGGCCUGGCGAUUUUGAUGACAGGAACAGGGAGCAGUUCCAGUCUAAAGAACAUCUACAAAAACAUCUUUCAUUACAUAGACAAAUAAUCAGUAAAAAUAACUAUGAUUUGAACGAGGAAAUCGUUUUUUAUACGAGUAUAAUAGAUGCUGUGAUUGUGUGGCUCUAUAAGUCAAUAACAGAAGGGAAGGUUGCACAGAUAUGGAAGACGCUUGUUGCUUACCUAAAAUUGACCAGCGGCAAACAGAACCUUGGAAUCGAGCGAGCUCUGGGCACCCUUUUCUUUAUCGACGGAAGAUUCCAGUCUCAGAAAACAUUUGAGAUGUACAACAACAGAAUCAAUCGUUUUCGGGCCUUCCACACUACCGCCGAGCUAUACUCCAGCAGGGUGAAUAGUCUGUAUACUUCAGAGGUUAACAAAUUCGGCGUAAAUGUGACGGAAAUCAUCAAUUACUACCGGCAUGAAAUCCAACACUAUACGGAAACGAAAAUGAUCGCUGAUAUCCAAACGGCACGCUUCUGGUUUGAUAACAUGACGCUGUACCUGGACACACUGCUCAAUGUGCAAAGAGAUUUAGGUUAUGAAAUAAUACAAAGUCUGGAUGUAGUCAUAGAACAGUCUACACAAGAUAUUACCAUUGGUGCUAUAUUUCUAGUCAUCGUCCUGCUCAUGUGUCCAUUGGUGAUAUUCGCCACUGAGAAUCUAACCAGCGUCAUACAAAAGAACUCGCAUUAUCUUGCUGUGCGAACAGCGGAUCUUGCUCAUGCACAUACGAAAAUUAACAGAGUUCUCUCUGAAAUGAUGCCUUCAAUAAUCGCAGAAAAGAUUAAGAGCAAUCAAAAGGUAGACGUCGAAUACUUUCGAUCAGUAUCUAUCUUGAUGGUGGGUAUAUAUGGCUUUAAGGAAGGUCCAUCUACCCCUAAGGAGAUUGUUGAGAUAAUUGAAUGUCUAUACCAAACCGCAGAUUAUCUCGUCAAAGAGUUCAGGGUGAACAAACUAGACGGUGUGGAUGGCUCCUUCGUCGUCUUCUCAGGUUUUCCACAAAGGAAUAGCAUGGAACACUUGACGUUGAUAGCGGACUUUGCUUUGGAAUUAGUAGCAGACGUGAAGAGUCGAACAAAACUCAAGAACAACUUGACGAUAAAAUGUGGGAUGGACACAGUCGAGCUGGUUUCUGGUCAAUUAUCAGCGGACCUGCACCUGUAA